AUAGCACUUUUUCCAUGAAUCUUUGUACCAAAGCACCUGAGUGAUCCGAGUCUCUUCUUCUUCUUCUUCUUCUUCUUCGUCUUCUUCUUCUUCUUCGUCUUCUUCUUCUUCUUCUUCUUCUUCUUCUUCUUCGUCUUCUUCUUCUUCUUCGUCUUCUUCUUCUUCUUCUUCCCUUUUUACAGGGAAAAGGGAAGUAAAGGGAACAUAAGGAUUCAAAUACUGGUGAUGCAGGUUAUCAUAGGCCUUGCUUCAAACUUGCUCAUAUACGUACGUACUUAAGCAUUGUGGACGAUCGACCUUCAUAAAUGGCAAGGUCAUGUUGUAGUUGUUACCGCUACUUCUCCAAGGCUGCUUUAUUCAUGUUAGUCGUUUCAACUUCCCUGGAAGCCACUACAGCACUUUGGGCAAGUUUCCUAGCAUACUCAAAUUAUGCACAAAAGUAUCCCAUCAUAACCAUUCUCAUUACUCAUGGAAUUUUCCUCUCAGGUCUACUGACAUUAUGGCUUAUUCCAACCCGGAAUAUUGGAAUUAAUUUCUUGGCACUAGGAUUGCUAACGCUGGGCAGAGCAGGAAGAAGAAUCAUAUACUCAUUUCUAAAACGCCAGGUUAAGUUGCAACUUGACCAAGACUACGAGAAAGAGAAAGAGCAUGAAAAAGAUAAGAAGAAAAAGCAUGAGAGAAGGGUGAAGAAAAGGACAAAAUUUUGUUCGUGUAUUAGACAAAAGCCUGAAGAAGAUGAGAAGAAAAAGCCUGAAGAAGAUGAGAAGAAAAAGCCUGAAGAAGAUGAGAAGGAAAAGCAUGAGAAAAGGGUUCAGGAGUGUAUAAAAGUUUGGUUUUGGAUUGGAUAUUUUCCAGGGUUCAUCACAGCUGUAAUAAUAUCAUCUAGGUCUUGGAAGCUAAAAUUUAUGAUUGGAGCAAUAGCAAUGGGGAUUGGUUAUGUGUCUUUCUGUUUUGGACUCAUGUAUUACAAGUCUGAAACGCAAACAACAAAUACUUUGGUCUCGCAGGACAAUCAAUCAAGGAUUAAAUGGCAGAGCUGGCAGCAUCUAAAAUUGUUCCCUUUAUGGACGCCAUUCCUUGCCUAUUAUGUAAUCCAAGCAUCAGGCGCCACUUUCUUCAUGCAGCAAGUUGAUAUUCUAGGAAAAGGGGUCAAGUUUCUUAGUCCUCAAAUUUGUAUGGUCUUGGUACGAUCCAUUACCAACUUCCUCACAAAGAGGGUCUUCAAUUUAGAAUGCUUUCCUAACGAAAAUUGGAAACACCAUGUUAGGCUUACUUCCGGAAUUGUUUUUAGUUUUUGCUGCUGCAUUGCAUCUUGGCAUGUUGAGGGUUGCAGACUGCAUUUGAUCAAAACAUCAGAAAGCACUAUGAACAUCUCUUGGUUGGUUCCACAGUUUUUCUUCUUAGGAUUUUCCAGUGGAUUUGUAGGAGGAGGGCUUAAAAAUUUCUUCUUUUACCUUGUACCAGAAUCAAGGACAGAUUUGGGAUUCGCAUUCAAUAAGUUGGUGGAGGGAAUGGCAAAAUAUAUCGGUGUAGUGUUUAUUCUAGUUUUCCGAAGUUGGAUACGUGAGGCCAUCAACACUAGUCGUCUUGACAAUUACUACAGGACAUUGGCCUGUCUGAAUUUAGUGGCUUUAUUUCUCUUCACAUAUCUAUCAAAUUCCUUUGAUUGGAAGAUAGAUCUUAAGAGGACAGACGAGGAGAGAAGAGGGGAUAAUGGGGAUGCAACUUCUUCUGAUGAGAAUGUAGAGGAGGUUAAUGAAGCUUUAUCUGUCAUACCCCUGUCCCCAACUGACAGAUCAGCUAAAUGAUCAAUUAAUCUAUGCAAAACUCGUCACUAAAAUUUUCCUGUUAUACAUAGUUCUUGUUGUUUUUGAAUUUGACCUUCAUAUAUAUACAGUUUCUUGUUGAUCGAGUAGUUUCAAUAUUUAAUUAAAAACUCAUUUUAUCU